AAGUGAAAUUUUUUUUCACAAAGAAGAAGUUAUGCGUAUAUUAUUUAAAAAUAUAUUGGACAAGGAUGUGCAGCUUAUGCUUUGGCCUUUAAACCUGAUGCAGUAUAUGAUGUUGUGUCCCAAAUAUCAAAUCAAAAACAACCUUAUUACUCCUAAUAACUUAAUCUCUAAUAUCAUUUCAAUUAUUGCAACAAGCUAUAGACAAAAAAUGUUUCAAGUCUACGUUGACUUAUUGGAAUGUUAUAGCAUUUUAAAGAAAUGUUUUCAACAAUUUGUAAGUAAUUUUCAGCUAGCGAUCAUUGCAUUAUUGAGUUGGUUUGUUAAAGAUUUAAUGUGGCAAUCACUAAUAUGCCUGCGUUGCGAGAAAUUUUACAUAGCUAUGCAAAAAGUUAAAGAUUCAUGCUCAAUUAUUCUGAAUAGAAACAGCUCAGAUGAUGUGAGAAAGCUAUGCAAGAACGUGCUGCGCUUGCACCGCGCGUCAUUCAGCAAGAUACGCGCAUGCGGACUGUUCUACGUAGACGCGGCGUUACAACUCGCUCUUAUGGGUCUACUCACUAACUAUAUUGUAUUUUUGUUACAGUUUAGGUUUUUGUAAUGAAAUAUUAUGA